GGAAGUGUGGAGGGCCUUUGCUUGCUGUGUGUCCCAGGUAAACUGCGUUCGGAUACCAAUUCACAGAAAUAUUAUACGUUGAAAUACGAAAUAGUCCGCACGCAGAAUGCGAUCGGGCCGUUUUCUCUAGCUCCAUGUCCGUCGUGACCGUUCAGCUAGGUCAGUGCGGGAACCAGAUUGGCAGCCAAGUCUUUCAGGCACUAGCCAGAGAUGGCAUGGGUCGCGGCGGCGAAGGCCGAGCACGAAUCGGUGGUGGUGGUGGAGGUGGUUUCAAAGGAAGCUAUGGCGAGGGCGAGAUUUGGGAAACUUUCUUCAGAGAAUGCGAGAUUGAUGAUCGCAGGAGCGAACGGUCGUCCGGCCAUGCCUCUGGAGGUGAGGCAAUUGCAAGAGCAGUUCUAGUUGACAUGGAGCCCAAGGUCGUACGCUCCGUGAUGAGCAGCGUGAGGAGUUAUGAAGGAUGUCCUUCCGGCUGGGCGUAUGGCGAUAACAACUUCUUUUCUCGAGACAGCGGGUCGGGAAACAACUGGGCCCGAGGAUACUAUGUCCAUGGUCCGAGGUGUCGGGAUCCGAUAAUGGAGGUCAUUCGACGAGAAGUCGAGGCUUGCGAUAAUUUUGGAGGUUUUCUCUUGCUGCAGAGUGCAGCAGGUGGAACUGGUUCUGGCGUUGGCGCCUACAUCGCAGGUGCUCUGAAGGAAGAGUACCCCUCUUCUUGCCUGCUUAGCCAUUGCGUUUGGCCGUACGAGAGUGGCGAGGUCAUCGUGCAGAGUUACAACGUGCCGCUAACGAUUUCACAUUUGUACAACGAGGCCGACGGCAUAAUCGUUUGCCCGAAUGAUGCCCUCCAGGCCACUUGCCGACAGCUUUUCAACUCCCAGCGGGUCUCCUUCAAGGAGCUGAACGACGUUGCAGCGCGAUCGUUGUCCUCCGUGCUCCUACCCUCUUUUGUCCGCGACGUUUCGUCAUCGAUCACAGAGGACUGCACAUCGACAUCGGGCGGACGACACAAGCUCCAUCUUCUUGCUGAUGUGGCUUCUCAUCUCUGUGCUCAUCCCGGUUACAAACUACUGACAAUCAGGUGCUUGCCCCAGAUUCCCACCCCAUCGAUCCCAUUUACAACCUUCUCAUGGGGUGGAAUUCUGAAAAGUCUCAAGCAAAUGCAUGUACGAGGUUCACUGAUUGAACAUGGUCUUGAUUGGACAACCCCUCCUGGGUUGUUGUCAUCAUUCUACCACGCAGAGACCACACCAACCUGUGGGUGGAAGAUCGAAGGAGGAGGACAAGGAGUGGAGAGAGGAGCAGGUGGAGGAGGAGGAAGAGGAGGAGGAGGAGGAGUGGGAGGAGAAGGAAUUGUCGAGCAAUCACCAGGGACCAUGUCGUCCACCUCUUCGGCAAAUCGAGCUCUUGCAAGCAUGUUGUUUCUUCGGGGGAAUGAGGCAAUGGUAGUUGACGCAUCGAUGUUCGUCGACCCAUCGCUUCAUCCACUUUGGGCAUCAGAUCCGCUCGUUGUGGCUGCUCACCCGGCAUGCGCAAACAAGUAUGAGAUGUCGGCCAGUCUGCUAACCAACUGCAAGUCGGUGGUGACCCGGGUCGAACGUAUGGUUGAGCGAUCGUACGAUCUCUUUUCCACAAAGGCUUACCUACAUCAAUACCAUGCGUUUGGAAUGGAGGAAUCUGAUUUUGAAGAAGUGUACACAUCACUUGAGGAUAUUGUUGCACGAUAUAGAAUGCUGUGAAGAAGCAUACACAUCACUCGAGGAUAUAUUGUGGCACGAUAUAGAAUGCUGUCAUUAGUCGA